CUGCGGUGGAAAAGUGCAUCCACGACCAAAAUCGAUCGCAAUGGAGGAGGUGGACAUUGGUCCGAUGCAGGAAGUCGAAGACAAGGACGACGACCAGCAACCCGAGCACAGUGCGCCCGGACCUGUCUUGGCGUCCACUCCAGAAGGAGGGCGAUGGUUGGCUUCCCUUGAGGGAGCUAUUCCUGCCAUCGUGAUCAUUCGACUCAUGUCGGUGCGUGCGUUUGACGGGGACGCCGCAUCAUUCUCUGUUGCGACUGGUUUUGUCGUGGACAAGAAGCGAGGACUCAUCUUGACAAACCGGCAUGUGGUCACGCCGGGGCCAGUUGUUGCAGACGCGAUCUUUGUAAACAAGGAAGAAGUCGACCUCGUGCCCAUCUACCGUGACCCAGUCCACGACUUUGGCUUUUAUCGAUUCGAUCCAUCGCGCGUCAAAUUCCUCGCACUGCACGAAAUCCCUAUCGAUCCCAGCGGUGCCAAAGUCGGCGUCGAAAUCCGGGUGGUGGGCAACGAUGCUGGGGAAAAGCUGUCCAUCUUGCCUGGUAUUCUCGCUAAGCUGGACCGAGAAGCCCCCAACUACGGUAGCAACGGGUACAAUGACUUCAACACGUUCUAUUACGCAGCAGCGUCGUCCACGAGUGGUGGGUCUAGCGGCUCGCCCGUGCUCAACAUCGAGGGGUCGGCCAUUGCCUUGAACGCGGGAGGUGCCAAGCGCGCGGCAUCAUCCUACUACCUUCCACUAGAUCGAGCCGUGCGCGCCUUACGCUGCAUUCAGAAUGGCCUGAGUAUUCCCCGCGGCACGUGGCAAACCAUUUUCCGUCAUGCCGCGUACGACGAAGUGCGGAAGCUCGGCCUCACGGCUAACGUCGAAACCGAAUUCCGCACGCGGUUUCCACACGAAACAGGGCUCCUAACUGUGGACCAAGUCCUCCCCAAGGGACCGGGCUUUGGCCAUCUCGAGCCAGGCGACGUCGUCGUCCGGAUCGAAGGCAGACAUGAGACGACCUUCCUCGCCUUGGAGGAGACUCUGGACUCGAACGUUGGAAAGGACAUUGCCGUCGAAGUCCAGCGCGGUGGCACUCCGCUCACUGUGCAACUCCGAGUGCAGGAUUUGCAUACGAUCACACCGAGCCGAUUCCUCGAAGUCGGCGGCUGCAUUAUCCAUUCGCUCUCGUACCAACAAGCGCGCAACGCGUCGUUGGCAGUCGGCGCCGUGUACCUCGCGCAGGCCGGCCACAUGCUGAUGAAGGCGCACGUUGCCCAGCCAUGCAUCAUCGUGUCCCUGGACAACAAGCCAACCGAGACGUUGGACGCGUUCAUCGAGACGAUCCAGCAGAUGCCGAAUGGCCACCGCACAGUCAUGCGGUAUUUCCUCACACGCGACCGUCACCGCGUCCGCAGCGCGGUCCUCACCAUCGAUCGCCAGUGGUUUCCUAUGCAACUCUAUACUCGGAACGACUUGGAUGGGCUGUGGCAUUGCCAUGAGUAUCCCGUGCCGCCCGUCGCCGACGUACCGGCCAUUCCAGCCUUUCCAGCGGCACCCCUCCGUGUGCCCGGGACCGGCUCCGAGGUCGACAAGCAUAUGCUAACGCGCCUCCUGUCGUCGUUAGUCAUGGUGGCGUUCGACAUUCCCCACAUGAUCGAUGGCAUCUCGAGCUCGAGCUACAAUGGCGUCGGCAUCGUGAUCGAUUCCACCGCAGGACUUGUCCUCGUGGACCAGAAUACAGUCCCGAUUGCCUUGGGGGACGUUGUCGUGACGGUUGCCGCGUCAAUUGAGAUUUCGGCCAAGAUUCGAUUUGUCCAUCCGAUUCACAACUUUGCCAUCAUCCAGUACAACCCGGCGCUACUGGGCGAAACACACCUCGAGAGUGCGCGCUUGUCGAACGAAGUGCUCCACGUCGGAGAUCAAGCCGACUUUGUUGGGCUCACAAGCACGUGGACGGUGGUGGCGAUGAAGUCAUUAGUGACGAAGAUUGAUCGCCUCGUCCUACGCGACUUUCAGCCGCCUCGAUACAAAGCCAGCAACGUGGAAGUGCUCCAUUUCGACCGCAUCACCAAGAGCGUCGGCGGCAUCUUUGUCGACGCAGCUGGUCUCGUCACGGCGCUGUGGCUGUCGUUUAGCUACCAAGAUGAAAGCGGUCGCCGUGAAGUCUUUCGAGGCAUUGCGGCCGAUGUCGUUCGCGAGGUUGUUGCAGCCUUUCAAGCGGGUCAAAGCCCGCGGACAGUCGCUGUUCUCCCGGUUCAGUUGUACGCGUACCCGCUGUCGAAAGCCAGGGCUGGGCUCGGCCUUUCGCCGCACUGGAUUCGAACGCUCGAGCAGUGCUACGAUGACAAGCGACAAGUCCUUGCAAUUAAACGAUGUGCAGCAGGCACAAACGCGUAUGCCCAACUCCAGAGCGGCGACCUUCUCCUGUCCAUCGAUGGCGUCGUCGUCGCCAAAGAUUUUGACGUGGAAAAGCUGUGCAUGGGCAAGACGACGGUGCGCGUCGUCGUGCUUCGUGAGCACGAAGAGCUCACUUUGGACGUCGAGACGCUCGAGUUGUCUGGAACCGGAACGAGCCGCGUCAUUGUGUGGUGUGGGCUGGUGAUUCAGGAACCGCAUUACGCCGUCGUGAGUCUGGGGUACAUGCCCGAAGAAGGCGGCGGCGUGUACUGCUCGAGAUGGUGCUACGGCAGCCCAGCACACAAGUAUGGUCUCCGCGCCACGAUGUGGAUCGUCCAAGUCAACAACGAACCGACGCCGACCCUGGACGCAUUCAUUCGAGUGGUCGAAGGGCUGCGCAACGGCGACAGUGUCCGAAUGAAGACGAUCUCGCUCAACACCAAGCCCAAGGUCGUGACGCUAAAGACAGAUUACCACUACUGGCCUACCGUCGAACUCAAGCGACGGGACGAGUCGGGCGACUGGGCUUACGUUCACCACCCCAACAAACGCUAACGACGACGAUACAUGCCAUUCCAGACACGAACCUUGAACAAGUUUGGGACUAGUUAAGAUUUAUGUCUACACAUACAACGCCGCCGCAAUCGACGCGACCGCGAGCACGCUCGAGAGAGCAGCGGCAGAUGCCGAGUUGCCGCCGGCAGCAUGCGUG